AUGACCCAAGAAGAGAGACAAAUAUUAGCAGUGAAUACGUACAAAUGGUUCAAAUCAGAGGCACAGAAACUGUGUCAAAAGAAUGGAAUAAUGACGGCUCUUAGGAAGUACAGACAAAGGAAGAGAGAUCAAGACACUGAGGUGCUUAUAAUAUUAAGUGACACGAAAAAUUACGUUGCCUAA